AUGGCACCUUUAUAUUGUACUGAAACUACUGCCAAACUACUUUGCUGGGAAAAGAAGUAUGAGAAGGGUGAAAUUGCCAUUUGGAGGAAGAGGUUAAAUGCUGAUUCAUGUCGUGGCAGAAAAGAUGAUUUGCGGACUCCUCUUUGCAAGUCUGUUGAAGCAGAUAAUGUCUGGUAUGAGAAAAUGGAGGCAUGCAUAACUCCAUACCCUGUGGUCAGUAGUCCAGAUGAAGUUGCUGGUGGGGAAUUGAAGGCCUUUCCAGAAAGGCUUUAUUCUGUUCCUCCUAGAAUUUCUAGUGGAUCUGUUCCUGGAGUUUCUGUUGAGACAUACCAGGAGGACAACAGUAAAUGGAAGAAACAUGUGAAAGCUUAUAAGAAGAUUAAUAAACUCAUUGACUCUGGAAGGUAUCGCAACAUCAUGGACAUGAAUGCUGGUUUAGGAAGUUUUGCUGCUGCACUUGAAUCUCCCAAAUUGUGGGUCAUGAAUGUUGUGCCCACUAUAUCUGAGAAAAAUACAUUGGGUGUCAUAUAUGAGCGAGGAUUGAUUGGCAUCUAUCAUGACUGGUACAACUUUCCCAGCUUUCUGCUUCUGUUUGAUCAUUUCAGCUUUGAAUAAUCAUUUUUGCCUACUUACUCAUUUUGUAAUUACUUU